AUGCCACUCUUCGGCAUCCCCCAUGAGAACGUCGCUGCGCUGGAGAGGUCCGAGGCUUUCCAGAUGCUACGAGGAUAUUUAGCGGAGACCUCCGGAAAUUCAUUUUGCUCCUCUCACGAACCCACCGACCAUUCCGCACUAGAAACAUGGAUCUUGCAACGGGACAUUAUCCAUGCGCUGAUAACACCCAUUGUUCAGCUCUACAACCGCGCAACCGCUCUUGCACAAGCCGCACUCUGCUCAAUUUCGCCCGACGACCUGGAACUGGCGUUUAGGGGCGAUGGCAGGAGCGCAUUCCUCUUCUUACAAUGCCUGCUUAGCGACGAAGAAGACUGGUGCUAUACACGCGGCUGCCCCGCCUGCGCGGUGCUAAAUACUCUAUCCACCGAAUCGACAUUGCGCAUCGCCAUCACCGCGACGCUGAUAUCUUCAUCGUCGGAAACCGAUACCACACCCGCCUCCCUGGCAACCGCCUUAGAGUUCCCACGUAGCGCCCCCUCCACCAGUCCCCUCCCGAGCUUCUCCUUCUUCCUCCCCGCCCUCGAGCACGCCGUCGAGAACGACACCUUCUGGGGUCCCUACUUCUGGGAGCACAUCUUCGCCCGCGCGCAACUUCUAGAGACCGGGAUCCACGCGCUCAUAGCCCAAUGCGCCGACCUUACCAUCCUCGUCACUUCUCCCACCGCCUCCACCUCCACCUCGCCUCUCUCAUCGCCCUUGCGAUCGAAGCGCAACUUCUCGACGCCGAUGUCGUCAAUACCGCUCCUCAUAAUCACCGAGGCUGACAACAACAAUGCCGGGAUUGAAGCUACGGAUACGUUGAAUACCGGCGGCAGCCUUCGCAUCCGCAAAUCGACAUUCUCGCGACGGCAGCUUAGGUUGUGCAGGGAGGAGCAGGAGCUGUUGGAGCGGCUGGUGCGGCAGUGUUGGGGCGCGGUUGUGUUGAGUAAUGCGUUGAGCAGUGAGCAGAGGGAUGCGGUUAGGGCGGUUGUGAGGGGGCAGAGGAGGUUGCUGAUGGGGGGGCAGAGGAGGAGGAGUUUGACGUGUCCGUGA